GGCAAAACUCGCUCCAGCGAGUUACCUCACACGGUUCCCAUCUGACUUCCGGAGAAUAGAGAGUGAGCCAGGGGCAUCUCAGGAUGAUAUCCACUGUGGGUCCCUCCAGUGACAGAAAGGUGAUGGUCUCCUCGUGCAGACAUCCGAUUCUCAGUUUCAACGGGGGAGCUCGAUGCUUCACCCGCCCACGCCCUAACGGUUUUCCCUGUAUAGUCUCGACUCGGAGCUCCAGGGCCUGGCAUUUACGGGAUAGGUGGAGGCGACAUAGGAGAUCUUGGGAUAUGAAAUUGCCCGAAGAGCCCGAGUCGACGAGGGCAGAAACUGAAACAGAACAAUUUGGGGUGAGUAGUUGUACUGGUAACAAGGAUAGAGUUGAGAUGUCUGGUUCUAGUUGAAGGGUACUCACCGCAGGGCGUGGGGGUCGGACAGGGCAGUUCUGGAUGAAGUGGUCCGUUGCUGCACAGUAUAGAUAGGGUCCAGCCGCAAGGGGGCGAGCACGUUCUGCGCGAGUGAGGCAAGAGGAAUCCAGCUGCAUGAGUUCUGGUACUGGGGGACCGAAGGCGGGUGCGGCAAGCUGGUGGGCGGUUUCGUCAGGCGGAUAAGCAUUGAAAGAUACGUGUGGCCCUCUGCAUGAAGCUCUCCAAUCCUACUGAAUCAUCAUAGAUUGACAUGACAGCACGGAUCCGAGGAUUUAACCCUUGAUGGUAGGUACUGAGAAGGGCAGCCUCAUUCCAGCCACUAGUCGCUGCUAGCAUGCGGAACUGCAGGGUGUAGUCACUGGUGGAUGAGGCGCCCUGACGCAGCCGCAGCAGCUGAUCAGACACCGACAACAACCCGGUAGCAGCCCCAAACACCUCCUUGAAAUGGUUGGUGAAAACAUCAUACAAAUUAAUUAUGGCACUAUUGGCAUUCCAUAUAGCACGGGCCCAUAACGGUGCUCUGCCAGUUAACAGGGAAAUCAAGAAUGCUACCUAGGAACAUUUGGUGGGGAAUUUCUGCGGCUGCAUCUCAAUGAACAGGGCCACUUGAAGGAGGAAGCCACCGCACUCAGCUGGAAGCAGGAAUGGCCAUGGGACUUACAGAGGCAGAUGGAGGGGUGGUGACUAACGUGAGGGAGGCGCGGAGAGUGUUAACCAGUUCUUCCAGGACUUCUGUUGGUGUGAGAGGCCAGGAAUCCAUGGUGGUAAUGGUGGGUCCAGUCUUCUGUCACAACACGGGACAGAGACAAGAGGUAAGUGAUCAAACAGAUGGUUUUAUUGACUUGUAUGCAGGAUGAGAUCGUGGCAGCGGAUAGCAGGUGAGAAAAGCACACAGAAUAACAAUUCAAGGGUUCUUAGAUGUUGUGACUGAUGUUGGGUCUUUUGCAGGUUGCCAGGAGAAGGACAGGAACGGAGGUGAACAGGAUCGAGGGAACGUCGGAGAAUCUAGAGAAUCAGCUGGUUCAGACACAGACAGAUGUGCAGCAGAUGAUCCAGAACAGAAUGAAGAAGAUUCAAGAGAUCCAGCACUCAGUAGAGAUGAGAAAGAGGAACACAGAGGAAGAGAAAUCAGCCAGAAAUCAGCUCUUCACUGAUCUGAUCCGCUCCAUUGAGAGAUGUCAGUCUGAGCUGCUGAAGAUGAUGGAGGAACAGCAGAAAGCAGCAGAGAAACAGGCUGAAGAUCUCAUUAAAGAGCUGCAGCAGGAAAUCUCUGAUCUGAAGAAGAGAAACACUGAGCUGGAGCAGCUCUCACACACUGACGAUCAUCUGCACCUCCUACAGAUGUACUCAUCUCUGUGCAGUCGUCCACACAUCAAGAACUGGACUGAGAUCAGGAUUGACUCUGAUGUGAAUGUGUAUUCAAUGAAUAGAGCUCUGAUUCAGCUGGAGAAAACUCUAGAUGGGAGACUAAAUAAAAUUGGUCAGACUGGGUUGAAGUGUCUACAGAAGUUUGCAGUGGAUGUGACUCUGGAUCCUGAUACAGCGCAUCCAUAUCUCAUCCUGUCUGAUGAUGGAAAACAAGUCAGUCAUGGAGACAUUAAGCAGGACGUCCCAAAAAACCCAAAGAGAUUUGAUUAUGUUGUUUCUGUUCUGGCAAAGCAAGGAUUCAGUUCAGGCAGAUUUUACUAUGAGGUGCAGGUGAAGGGAAAGACUGGGUGGACUUUAGGAGUGGCCAGAGAAUCCAUUAACAGGAAGGGUAAAUUAAUUUAUUCUCCAGUAAAUGGAUUCUGGGCUGUGUGGCUGAGGAAUGAGAAUCAGUAUAAAGCUUGUGAAAAUUCACCUGUCUCUUUAUCUCUGAGAGUGAAACCUGAGAUUGUGGGAGUGUUUGUGGAUUAUGAGGAGGGUCUGGUCUCUUUUUAUGACGUGGGCUCCAGAUCUCAUAUCUAUUCUUUCACUGGUCAGACUUUCACUGAGAAACUCUAUCCGUGUUUUAGCCCAUGCGUUAAUGAUGGAGGUAAAAACUCAAAACCACUGAUCAUCACACCUGUUAACAAAUAAAUUGCUAUGAAAUAUGAAACAUGAAAUGUGGAAAGAUUAUAUGCAAAAGCAUAUUUUUUUUGUUUUGU